GUCAAAAGAUGGCCGCUAAGUUUGAUUUCAUCAACGAUAUAACCAUUUCAAAGAUGCAAUGGAAGUUGAAAGUUCGGGUUGUCCGUAUGUGGGAAAAACCGGAUCGUUUUAAUCCUGGCUCUAUAUUCUCGAUUGAAUUGGUUCUACAAGAUGAAAAGGGCGAUCGUAUACAUGCUUCUAUUGGCAAGUCUGUUUUGCAUAUUUUCAACAGAAAAAUUAAUGAGCAUGGAUUAUAUGUUAUGGCGAACUUUAUCGUUUGCCAAAACAAGGAGAGGUUCAACACCACAAAACAUACAUUGAUGCUGACGUUUACUCAACGGACAACAGUGGCUGAAACCAUUGAUCCACUAUUUCCAAUGAAUAUCUUUGAUCUCCGACCAUAUCAUCAAUUGAUAAAUAAAGUUGAUGUCAACGAGAGUGAAUUAUUUGAUGUUAUCGGAGAAAUUGUCAAUUUUAGUGAGGUACAAAAGCAAAAACAAGGUGAAAUUAGUAGGAAGUAUAUGGAUAUCGAACUAGAAGAUGAUGAGAGGAACAAGUUAUCUGCUACAUUCUGGGGCGAAUUUGUUGAUCAAGUUAUACCUCACCUUUUAAGUUCUAACAACCAGCGUAUUAUUGUUAUUAUGCAGCUCAUAAAAGCCCAUAAAUUUCAAGAUUCAUAUUCUGUGCGCAACACUUGGAAUACAUCAAAGUUGUGGAUUAAUCCUACAUUUCCUCAAUCGGAAGAGUUUAAAUCACGGUUACAUAUAUUUAAUCAUGUAUCUACCCUCAUAUCUAUCUUUUUACGUAUAGUUCUAACUGUAAUCCUUAUUUAUAAAUAUAGAUUAAAUGUUGUUCGGGAUACUUGCUCUGAAAGGCUGACUCUACCCCACUUCCACACUAUACCCACUUCCACACUAUUUUCAUCCCAUGAUAUUAUAAAAUCAGAUUAA